ACCGACUUGCGACGGAUACAAAAGCGCGAUGGCGACGGAAGAGACGCCGCUGCGAGAGUGUCUGAAGGCGCUGGUGCCGCGCGUCACGUUCCCGCGUCGACCGGCCGCGACGCUGACGCAGCUCGACGCAGUUGCGCGCCUUCGACUCGUGCAAGCAUCACCAUAUUUGCCUUGCGGCGUACUGGAAGUAGAGGAAGCCAAGUCAGCGCCGUUCAACAACUCGUAAUCGAUUACUUUACAAGCUUUAGCA